AUGUCGACCAAGGCGAAAUUGACUCUGGCUGCUACCUCGCUCGGUGCUCUUGGUAUCAUCAUCUUCGUUCACCACGGCCAGAAGGUUGAGAAAGCUGCAAUGCACGCCGGUGUCAUCCGUGACAUGGAACAACAGAGAAUCAAAAAGGAGCGACAACUAGACUUCGACAUGCAAGCCCAACUGGAAAAGGAAUACCGCAAGCUUCAAAGCGUUUCCGAUGGCCGCAAUCAAGGAUAA